GAUCUUCAUCCGGACCGACGGCAACCUGAUCGCUGCUGCCUUCACCUCCGCCGUCAUGUCCACACCCAGCCGGGCCCUGGAAAACCCCAGUAAGGAGGAAGCCCAAACAAUGGAGCCACAGGCGAAGCGCUGGAAAGGGUUGGUGUGCGACGACUCCGACUCCUGGGUUGCUCAUCCCGUCCUGUCAGAUGAGCAGUCGCAAGACGUCGAGCUGGUCAAGGCGUUUGCUGCACCCAUUGUCAACAAGAAAGAGACAUCGCGGCUUCUCCGGGAGCUGAGCAGCCUGUACCCGUUGAAUGGCCUUCAGCACAUCAAGAGGGUGCGGGCGGUCAGGGAGAAGGACAGCCCUCAUCCUCUGGAAGUCCUCGUGUGCCUCGUCAGUGACGCACCAGACAUGAAAGUGAUCAACAUCGACUCUCUGCUCCCCUCGGAGGAAGUUAGACGUGAUGGAUUAGGUGAGCCUUUUGUGGUGAAAGUCCCCGCACGCCCCCCCUUGACCCGACCCCAGUUUGAGCGGGCGAGCAAACACUGGCCUACGUCCUUUCACGAGGACAAACAGGUGACCGUGGCCCUGAGGGGCGAGCUCUUCAGUCCGCCUCAGAAGGCCAGGAUGCACAUGUACAUGACGACGGCUUUAACAGCUGCCAAAGCAGGAAGGGAGUUGGGAAUGGAGGCGGUGGGGGCUGUGGUGGUUGACCCGGCAACGGAGAGAAUCAUUGCAGUGGGCCACGACUGCAGGGGGGACCAUCCUCUUCAUCAUGCAGCCAUGGUCUGUAUUGACCUGGUGGCUCAGAGCCAGGGCGGUGGAUGUUAUUCUUUUGACAGAUACCCUGCUUGCGGGUUUACCUCACCAACAUCUGACACCUGUCAGAGCGUUCCUGGUGCAGAGCGGAGCGCUCAGCCGUACAUAUGCACCGGGUACGACCUUUACGUGACCCGAGAACCUUGUGUCAUGUGCGCCAUGGCGCUGGUACACUCCCGGAUAGGUCGGGUCUUCUACGGCGCUGCCUCGGCUGACGGGGCUGCAGGGACCAGAUAUAAAAUCCACUCGCAGAAAGAUCUGAACCAUCACUUUGAGGUUUACAAAGGAGUGCUGGGCAAGCAGUGCGAGGAUCUUAACGGUCUGGGAGACCACAAAAGAGAGAGUGUACAGCAAAGUGAAUAAUGUAUCAAUAUCAAACAUGAAUGGGCAUUUUAGUUUUUACAUAAAUUAUAUUAUGUUACAUAAGAAUUUCUUUUAAAUAAACGGUUGAAUCAUUUAGCCAUUGUUGUAUUGAGAGUAUGUGUGUAGAAGAUAAUAAGGCUCCUUUCCUUUAGGCUCGUUGGAAGGAUUAAAGAAUAAGUUGGUGACACUAAAGCCUGACUUUGGGUAAGAUAUUCACACAGUGAAAGUUAAUUUAG